AUGGAUUCCGACAUCAUGGACGAUUCUGUAUUCAGCCUGGACGAGGAGUCUGACGGUUUUGUCCCCGAAAUGAGAGCCAAAAAGGCCGCCGGGCGGCCCGCCGCCAAGAAGGCGAUACAGGCGAAGCCUGCAACGAAGAAGCGCGCGAAGCCUGAGAGCGACGACGAAGAUUCUUUCGGCGAGACGUCCGGCUUCUCCCACACACCGCCCAGCUCUAAGAAGCAGAAGAAGGGACCGGCACCAAAGAAGUCGAGUGGAGUGCCGUUGGCCGAGCUGGAAAAUGACAGCAUGGUCAUUGAUGCGCCGGCGCAAGCCAAGUCCAAGAAGACCGCGACCGAGACGUACCAGAAGCUCACCCAGCUGGAGCACAUCAUCAAGCGCCCCGACACCUACAUCGGAUCCGUCGAGAAGACGGACCAGCAAAUGUGGGUUUUCAACAAGGAAACGUCCCAGAUGGAGUACAAAUCCAUCACCUACGUUCCCGGUUUCUACAAGAUCUUUGACGAGAUUCUCGUCAACGCCGCCGACAACAAGCAGCGAGACAGCACCAUGAACACGAUGAAGGUCACCAUCAACCGGGAGUCCGGUGAGAUCAGCGUGGAGAACAACGGCAAGGGAAUUCCCGUCGUCAUCCACGAGAAGGAGAAGAUUUAUAUCCCGGAGCUGAUCUUCGGUCACCUGCUGGCCGGCUCCAACUUUGACGACAACGAACAAAAGACAGUCGGUGGCCGUAACGGCUACGGAGCCAAGCUCUGCAACGUGUUUAGCACCGAGUUCACUUUGGAGUGCCAGGACAGCACCCACGGCAAACGAUACAAGCAAACGUGGACCGACAACAUGCAGAAGAUGCAAAAGGCCAAGAUCACUUCGAGCAAGUCUGCCGACUUUGUGCGCGUUACGUUCAAGCCAGACUACGAGCGCUUUGGCAUGCCGGAGGGCAUCAGCGACGACCUGGAAGCACUCCUCUAUCGACGCGUGUACGACAUGGCCGGCACUGUCCGCGGCGUCAAAGUCCACCUCAACGGCACGCAGAUCAAGCUCAAGGAUUUCAAGUCUUAUUGCGAUCUCUAUGCCAAAUCCAUUGCCUCCGAGAGGAGCGCGGAAGAGGGCGGUACCCCUACUUGCACAGUCGAGAUCGACAAGGACAAGGGCCAUCCACGAUGGGAGGUCGGCUUCACCGUCUCCGACGGCACCUUUCAGCAGGUUUCCUUUGUCAACUCGAUCGCUACGACUUCAGGUGGCACCCAUGUCAACUACAUUGCUGAUCAGAUCACGGCCUCGUUGCUGAAGGCGCUGAACAAGAAGAAGAAGGGUCACACUCUGAAGCAGACGCAUCUUCGCAACCACAUCUUCAUUUUCGUCAACUGCCUCGUCAAUAACCCCGCCUUCACGUCGCAGACCAAGGAGCAGCUCACUACCAAGGCUAGUCAGUUUGGUAGCAGGUGCAGCUUGGGCGAGGAUUUCCUCAAGAAGAUCGCCAAGUCUGAGGCUAUUGAGAACAUCAUGGAUUUUGCACAGAAGAAGGCAGAUAAAAUGAUGUCCAAGAGCGAUGGCAACAAGCGCUCCCGCGUCAGCAACGCCAAGCUGGUCGAGGCCAACUUGGCUGGUACCCGCCGCGGGCACGAGUGCACACUGAUCCUGACGGAAGGUGACUCUGCCAAGGGCCUGGCGGUGUCUGGACGAGCCAUUCUCGACCCCGACCGCAUCGGCGUCUUCCCCCUUCGAGGAAAGCUUCUCAACGUGCGAGACGCCUCGAUCGACCAAAUCACCAAGAAUCAGGAAAUUCAAAACAUCAAACAGUUCCUGGGCCUGAAGCAUAAGCAGGUCUACACAGACACCAAGAGCCUUCGUUAUGGCCACCUGAUGAUCAUGGCCGAUCAGGAUCACGACGGUAGUCACAUCAAGGGCCUCCUGAUCAAUUUCCUCCAGGUUCAGUUUCCCUCGCUCCUGAAGAUUCCCGAGUUCUUCCGCGAGUUCAUCACGCCAAUCGUCAAAGUCUGGCAAGGGCCGAACCCAAAGAAGCCCCUCAAGCUCAGGUCUUUCUUCACGCAACCGCAGUACGAAGAGUGGAAGCAGUCAGCUGAACACUCCAACGGCAAGUGGACGAGCAAGUACUUCAAGGGUCUGGGAACCAGCUCCAACGAGGACGCUCAGGUCUACUUCACCAACUUGGACGAGCACUUGAAGGAAUUCAAUGUGAUGACGUCCCACGAAGCCGAGCUGUUCGAUUUGGCCUUCUCCAAGAAGAAAGCAGACGCCCGAAAGGAGUGGCUUGGGAACUUUAAGCCUGGGACGUUCCUGGAUCACUCCACCAAGUCCAUCACUUACAGCGACUUCGUGAACAAGGAACUCAUCCUUUUCAGCAUGGCUGACAACAUGCGAUCCAUCCCCUCGGUUCUUGACGGGCUGAAACCCGGUCAGCGAAAGGUCAUGUUUGCGUGUUUCAAGCGCAACCUGAUCAAGGACAAGAAGGUCGUGGAGUUGGCGGGUUACGUUUCCGAGCAGACAGCCUACCACCACGGCGAAGCGUCUCUCCAGCAGACCAUCAUCGGACUGGCUCAGAACUUCGUGGGAUCGAACAACAUCAACUGUCUGGAACCCAGCGGUAACUUCGGUUCGCGACUUGCCGGAGGAUCCGACGCCGCCAGCCCUCGUUAUACCUUCACGCGUCUUUCUCCGUUCGCGCGCAAGAUUUUCUCGGCGCUUGACGAGCCGAACCUGAAGUUUCAGUACGACGACAACAACAAAAUCGAGCCCGAAGUGUAUGCUCCCAUCAUUCCCAUGGUGCUGGUGAACGGCGCCGACGGCAUCGGCACAGGAUGGAGCACGACCAUCCCCAACUACCAUCCUGUCGACAUCGUCAACAACCUGAAGCGGCGCAUGGGUCGUUUGGACGAGGAGGACCCAGAGGAGAGGCCAUUCGAGACCAUGAUGCCAUGGUUCCGAGGCUGGAAGGGAUCACCCGAGCCAGCCGGCCCGGAUCGGUACAAGUUCAACGGCAUGGCCUACCAGAACGACGCAAACCCGAACGAGGUGGUCAUCACCGAGCUGCCGAUCCGCAUGUGGACGGACGACUUCAAGGCCAGGCUUGAAAAGGUCAUCAGUGGCGUUGAUGGCCCAAGCUGGAUCAAGGACUACAAGGAGUUCAACGACCACAAGACGGUCCACUUUGAGAUUAUGGUCGACGAGAAGCACAUGGCCAAGGUCCUCGAGGAGGGCCUGCUUGAGCGCUUCAAGCUCCAGAAGCAGGUUGCCACCUCAAACCUCGUUGCCUUUGACACCAACGGCAUGAUCCGCAAGUACGAAAAGGUGGAGGAUAUUCUUGAGGAGUACUACCAGUAUCGUCUGUCCAUGUACUUGGAGCGAAAGAAACACUGGCUCAGCGUCUACCAUGCCGAGUGGCGGAAGUUGCAAAACCAGGCCAGAUUCAUCAAAGAGAUCAUCGACGGCGACCUGAUUGUAGGCAAGAAGAAAAAGGACGUCCUCGUGCGCGAACUUCGCCAGCGCAAGUACGAGGCGUUCCCGCGCGGCAAGGACCUUAAGAAGAAGGCAACCGAUGGAGAAGACGAUGCCUCGGGAGGAGAGGACAAUGGAGAUGAGGACGAUGACAUGGCUGACAGUGGUGCUCGGGACUACGAUUAUCUGCUCUCGAUGCCGAUCUGGUCUCUGACAGCAGAGCGGCUGGACAAGCUCAACGACGCCAUCGCCAGGAAGAAGGGCGAGCAUGACGACCUUCUGGCCAAGAGCGAAAAAGACCUCUGGUGCAGUGAUCUGGACGAGUUCACGGUUGAGUGGGAGAACCAGCUCGCCCUCGACGCAGAGAUCCAGACGAACAUUCGUCGCAUGGGCCGACGCGUAUCCCAGAAGAUAGGAGCUGGCCGAAACCGCAAGCCCAAGGACGACGACGACUACGAGCCCGAGAAGAAGACAAAGGGCAAGGGCAGGGCCAAGGCUGCGCCGAAGGCAGAGACGAAGAGCUCCCAGAGGUUUGCCGAGAUGUUCAGCGCGAAGCCCAAGACCAAGAAGGAGCCGAAACAGGAGACGUCGGGCUUCUCCGAGGACAACUUUUCCGACGACGACUUCGCGGCGCUCAGCAGAAGCAAGCCGGCGGCUGCGCCCAAGGCCUCGCAAUCUCAGUCCGUGUCAGCGUCCCAAUCCGAGGACCCCGAUGCCGGGCGGACGAAGCGUGCGGCCGCCUCCAAGGCGAGGAAGGUGUUUGAGCUGUCCUCAGAUAGUGACGAUGACUACAACGACAACCUGCUCGGCGACAUUGGAGACAUGGUCAAGGGCAUCGGCAAGACGGAGGGCGAGUCGAGCGGUCGUCUCAGCCUGUACGCGAUGAACCGACCAGAGUCGAGCCACGGCAACGGCGGGUCCAGCGGGCUGCCAAAGCUGAAGACGAAGGCGUCCAAGUCAACCUUUGACGUCGACAGUCCGGAUGAGACCAACUACGAGCUGCUGGCGAAGUCGUCGCCGCACAAGAUUGACAGCUUCCUGUCGGACGACGACCCCAUCGUGCCACAAGCCAAGGCGGCUUCGGCCAAGGCGUCUUCGAGCGCAUCGGCCGGGCUUGCGACAGUCAAGAAGGCACGAGGACGGCCGGCGGGUUCCAAGAACAAGGUCACCAAGGCCGAGCCCAAGGCCAAGGCGGCGCCCAAGGCGACAACGCUCUCGCCCGCAGCUAAGGCCUACGCGGCGAAGAAGGGCGUCAAGAAGAGCGUCCUGGCGGCGCUCGGCGACUCGGACGUGGAGAUGGCGGGUUCUCCCUCGCCAGUGGCAAAGCCUGCGGCGCGUGGGCGGCCUGGUCGGGCUGCGGCGGCGAAGCGGCGCGUCGUGGUCGACCCGGACUCGUCGAUGGAUCUGCAGGAAGAGGAAGACAGUGACGACCCAUUUGAGAUGGACGACUAUGAUGACUAG